CAGUUUAUUGACGUUGGCCGCCCGUGCGCAACGUGUUCUUUUCCAUUGUUUUCAUUUCUUGGGGGGGGGCACUAAAUAGUUUUGUUUAUUUUCGAUUCCGCGCUCGCAUCGUGUGAAAGUGCAGCUUGACUGCCUCUUUUUUCUUUAACCGUCUCUAAUAGUUGUAAUUUGCACUAAUUACGGCCGCAAUGAACGAUCUCGGGCAGUUCGCAAAGUCGCAGGGACUGAAGUUGGUGCCAUUCCUGGUGACCCUCGUCCUGUACUUCUCGCUGGUGCGGCAGGAUCCUCAAGGAGAGCUAUGGACCACCGUGCUCAAGUGCCUGCCCAUUUUCGCCCUGGUAUUCUAUGUAGUGGCCAAGGGCAUCUCGCCCAAAAAGGAAUACCGUCGCUCAGUUUGGAUUCUUUUGGGUCUGGUUUUCUCCAGCGGCGGUGAUGCACUGCUCAACAUAAAUCUAUUCCCCUUCGGAAUGAUCUCCUUUGGAGUGGCGCACUUAUUUUAUAUCAGCGCCUUUGGAUGGAAGCCCGUGAAGUGGAUCAUUGGAUUGGUUCUGUACGUGGCCGUAUCACUUUGUAAGUUCUGUUUGCUGGCUAUUAUACAUUUAGCUUACCUGGAAUAUUUGAAACCCCUAGUUGUUUACUACGUGCACACGAAACUGGACGACAUACUCAUCAUCGGAGUGCCCAUCUACUGUUUCCUGAUCACCACAAUGCUGUGGAGAUCACUGGCCCGCGCCGUGGAUUCCAGGAACUUCCUCGCCGUGUUCUGUGCCAUCGGCGCCAUUCUGUUUGUGAUCUCCGACGCCCUGAUCGCGGUCACCAUGUUCGUGGGCGUGCCCCUGCCCUGCGCCCGCCUCCAGAUCAUGAUCACCUACUACGCCGCCCAGUUCGCCAUUGCGCUGAGCACCGCGGACGACGGUCCUGCCCUCCAGCGCUCCAUUCGCAAGAAAAUUAAGUGAAGGCAGUGCCCAGUGCUCAUCUGUUGGAGGAGACCCAUAGACAACAUGAACGCAACCACCAAACUUAGUACUUCCAAAGCGUCUAGAGUAUUGCCAUUUACGUGUGUUUGUUUCCCCAUCCCAGUAGCUUAGUGCAACCAAAUAUUUGUUCCUUUUCUGGUGGAUGUGUGGAAACGGAUCUUAGUAGUUUACUAGAUGUUUGUUGACUUCAAGGUAAUAAAUAUAUUAAUAAUA